AAGUCUGUGACAGGUUGAUGGCAUUGGUUUUAGAGACUGGAGUUCCUGCAUUAAGUUCCAAGAGAAUAGUCACCUGACUUAUUGGGUUUAAAGAUUCUUUCUUUCUUGAGACUAAGCAUUGCUUGGUCUAAGUACUGCUGCAGCGUUUGAACUAUCCAUUGACUUUUUGGCCACACCACAUCCUGUCGAGCUACACAGCGCUUCAACAUGGUUGCCACAGCAUAGUAGCACAGUCUCAAGAAGAAGAGAGUUAAAGACUCAGUAAGUAACGGGUGAGUGGGACUUCUUCGGGCAGUCAGAGGUGAGUGAGCAGUCAUGGCAGAGCAGGUGCAAAGCUUUCCUUUUUUCUAUGGCAACAUCACUCGAGAGGAAGCUGAGACCUACCUGAGGCAAGCAGGCAUGAGCAAUGGCCUCUACUUGCUCCGCCAAAGCCGCAGCUACUUGGGUGGAUUCGCUCUGUCUGUGGCCUACAACCAUCAAUGCUACCACUACACCAUCGAGAGGGAGCUGAAUGACACAUACGCCAUAGCAGGUGGAAAAUCCCACCGCAGUCCAGUGGAUGUGGUGGAUUACCAUUCGCAGGAGUCUGAUGGUUUGGUGUGUCUGCUGAAAAAGCCCUGCAAUCGGCCCCGGGGCGUCGAGCCCAAGGUGGGGGCUUUCGAGGAUCUAAAGGAGAAGCUUAUCAGGCAAUAUGUACAGCAGACGUGGAAGCUAAAGGGUGCUUCAUUGGAGCAGGCUAUCAUCAGUCAGAAACCUCAGCUGGAAAAGUUGAUUGCCACCACAGCACAUGAGAAGAUGCCCUGGUUUCACGGAAUCAUCACACGGGAAGACUCUGAGCCACGUUUACUCAACAACCGCCAGACCAACGGCAAGUUUCUAAUCCGGCAGCGUGAUAACAAUGGCUCCUUUGCACUCUGUCUCCUCCAUCAUGGCCAAGUUAUGCACUAUCGCAUCGACAGGGACAAAGCUGGUAAACUCUCCAUUCCUGAUGGGAAAAAGUUUGACACACUUUGGCAGCUGGUGGAGCAUUAUUCCUAUAAACCUGAUGGCCUGCUCCGGGUGCUGACUGAACCCUGUCCACGACCUGAAGGCCCACCUGCACUUCCUGGAAAUCAUCCAGAUCUGGGUGGCACAAGUGGAAUUCUCAACAGAUUAAGGUCCUCUUCCUUCCCCAAACCUGGUCUCAAAAAGACAGCGUUAAAGAGGUGUAAAGAAAAGAUCUUAGAUGUUUGCCCCGGUAAGAUCACAACAUAUCUUCGCAAAAGUCACGAGACUGAUAAUCAUUAUACUUCAGGGGCACCUGUCACAGAUGAUUUACCCAUGAGCACUGAGGUGUAUGAGAGUCCAUAUGCUGACCCUGAUGAACUACGCUCAACCACAGUGGACCGGAAGAAUUUGAUCCUGGAGGAUGGAGAACUUGGUUCAGGCAAUUUUGGCACAGUCCUUCGGGGCAUCUACCAGAUGAAGAAAACACAGAAACAGGUAGCAGUAAAGAUCCUGAAGAAUGGAGACAACGAUGCUGCAGUAAGAGAUGAAAUGCUUCGUGAGGCUCAAGUCAUGCAGCAGCUGGACAAUCCAUACAUAGUGCGUAUGAUUGGCAUCUGCGAGGCCGAGAACCUCAUGCUGGUCAUGGAGCUGGCUGAACUCGGCCCUCUGAACAAGUAUCUGCAAAAGAACAGACUUGCCAUUAAAAACGUCACUGAGCUUGUGCAUCAAGUCUCUAUGGGCAUGAAGUACCUGGAGGAGUACAACUUCGUUCACAGAGACCUGGCAGCCCGCAAUGUGCUCUUAGUCACACAGCACUAUGCAAAAAUCAGCGACUUUGGCCUGUCCAAAUCCCUCACCAGUGAGAAGGAUUAUUAUGAGUCUAAAGGUCAUGGUAAGUGGCCUGUGAAGUGGUAUGCACCUGAAUGCAUGAACUACUUCAAGUUUUCCUGUAAGAGUGACGUGUGGAGCUUCGGGGUGCUGAUGUGGGAGGCCUUUUCAUAUGGACAGAAGCCAUACAAGGGGAUGAAGGGAAAUGAGGUCAUCCAGAUGAUUGAGAACGGUGACAGAAUGGCUGCUCCAGCCAGCUGCCCAUCCGAGAUGUACACCCUCAUGUUGAAAUGCUGGACAUACAAGGCGGAAGAGAGGCCACGCUUUGCUGUGGUGGAGCCCCGGCUGAGAGACUACUACUACGACAUCGCACAGUGAGCAGUUACAUGCUGGAAGACAACUCAGAAUGAAGAGUCAUUCCCUCGGAGCUGUAUGUACAUGGGUUUAAGGACUGGCCACACUGAUUUAUUUUACAUUAUUUACCUGCAAGCUUAUUCAAAAAAUUUUUUGGGUGUUUUUUUUUUUUUCUUGCAAGCCAAAGUUAUGAUCAGUGAGUGAGUGACUGUUUGUCUUGAUAAUUUUUCUACAUUUCUACAGCCCUUACAAUUAGUAUUAAGCAAAGAAGCAAAUUAUAUUUUCACAUCAUUACUGCGUAUUUUUUAUCAUAUAACUCUUUUGUGUACUACUGUAUUGUAUUUCAACAGUACCUUAUUUUACCUCUACCUGCUUCAUUAAUAGCAAAGAAACCUUGGCAGGAACAUUCAAAUUAUCUUUCACUGUUAUUAUACAUUAUAGUCAGUGUGCACUGGAACAAAUUUUGAGCUCCCAAACAGGUCAAUGCACUGAGCCAACCUUCACUGGAGGACUUCUGUUCUCUUUGUUGUCAUCGUCAUUCCUCAAAUAAUCCUUCUUCCCAACCAUCUUUUAUGACACCCCUGCUAGCCUGUUGUAAAUGUGACAUCUUUAUUAGCAUAAAGCUUGGGACUGUGAUGUCAUGACUUAUCAUGGUGCUUGAAAGUUUGUGAACUCUUUAGAAUGUUCUAUAUUUGUGCAUAAA